AUGGGGUUCGUGGACAUGCUCAAUUCCCGCUACGAAGAAACAUACAAAGUCCGCGGUGUCAACGGCCUUCCUGCAGAUCUGCAUGAGUUUAACAUAACACCUGAUGAGACGGCUGUUUUUGCCGUAUAUGAAACUCGGCCCGCGGACCUGCGUGUUGUCGGCGGACCUGAGAAUGGGUGGAUUUUCGACGGUGUCUUCCAAGAAGUCGACAUUGAGACGAACGAGCUUCUCUUUCAAUGGCGCGCAUCCGAACAUUUUAACCUCAACGACGGUUACCGCGGAACUGAAGGCAAUGGAAAUUCAGAGGAUGCGCCGUGGGACUUUUUCCAUAUCAACAGCAUCGACAAGGAUGCCCGAGGCAAUUUCCUAAUUUCUUCACGGUAUAUGAGCUGCCUCACUUAUAUCGAUGGAAAGACCGGCGGUAUAAUCUGGAGACUUGGUGGGACGCAAAAUUCCUUCACCGAUUUAUCAGAUGGAGCAGCGACGAAUAUCAGUUGGCAGCAUCAUGCUCGGUUCCAGGAGGAAGAUGCAGAUGCAGACCCUGAGUCAGAAGAUUACCCGAAACGUGCAAUUACUAUUUUUGACAACUCGUCUCGAGGCAAAGGUGCGCCCGAGAAUAGAAGCCGUGGAUUGUUCGUCGAUAUCGAUGAGAAAGAGCUCACCGCGAGUGUCAGACAUGAGUACUGGAAUCCACUCCAGAUUAGUAGCCAGUCACAAGGCUCAGUUCAGGUCCUCGACAACGGCAACGUGCUAGUUGGAUAUGGAUUCGACGCGGCGUGGACAGAGUUCUCCGUGGAUGGGGAAGUGCUAUGUAAUGUCCAUUUCGGACCUUCCGGCGGCUUCGGUGAUGGGAAUAUAAUCUCAUACCGCGUUUUCAAACAUCAAUGGGUUGGAAGACCGACCUCAUCUCCCGAUGCGGCGUUUGCAGAGACAUAUGUUGCAGUCAGCUGGAAUGGAGCCACGGAGGUGAAGAGUUGGGUUUUGGAGGGGGCUGUUGAUACAAGGAACGGAACUAAUGGGAAAGGGUUCAAUGACUGGAAAAUACAACACCCAGAGCAUCUUGAUGAUUUUGUGUUCGUCUCUGCUGUUCCCAAGUCUGGGUUUGAAACUGUUGUUCCUGUUCCUUCGGAUAUGCCAUAUCGAACCCUGCGCGUUGUUGCGCUGGGAGAUGAAGGGAAAUUCUUGGGCGUCACUGCUUCUGUGGAGUGGAAACCAGAGGAGUUUAACAAGGAGAUCUUGAUUGUUCAUGGUGAUGAAGAUGAUCUUAUGGGUGAGUCUGGCAUUGGGGACUUUUGGAUGUUUGUGCUUGGGUUCAUGUCUGCUGCGUUUGUUAUGUUAUGCGCAUGGCUCCUUAAGGCUCAUAUUCGUAACGGUUUACUUGUACAACUCUUUAGAAAAAGCCCCGACAAAGAGGCUGAGUAUGAGGAGUGGAUGUCCCUCAGUUCUAAGGAGCUGAAUGUACUGGACGAGUUGAGUGAUUUGGAAACCGGGGACCAGCCUGAGUCCCAUCUCUUGAAAGAAGAGGACAAGCAUGGCAUACCGUGA